AUGGCCCAAUUGGCCCUUGCACAGGCGGAUGAUGUAUCCGCUGAGACACUCAUCUUCUUCACUGUGUCUCCAUUUGUAUUCAAGACCGCCUUGAUUCAGCCGUUGGCAUCUUGCUGGAUAAUUGAUUCAGGAGCCAAUACUCAUAUCAGCAACCAACGAGACAGAUUCAUCACAUUCGCCGACCAGAAACUGCAAGAAUCUGCGUCAACCGACCAGGUGGAGGAGUUCUCUGGGUACAUCUUAAGGAUGUGUGUAUCAGAAAUCAAGAAGAAUGGAUUCUUCGCAAUAUGUACAAAUUGA